GUACAAGUAGGCCUACACACCAUCAGUUUAUGUAUCUGAAUAAUAUUGUUGAUCUAACUGUCUAUGAGAAAGACGUUUUGAGUAACUUCUGCCAGGUGUACAGAGAACAUCUUAGUAUUUAGUAACAUUUCAAUUAAGGAGUUGUUAGCUACAGCGAUGAACGACAGUGAAUAUGAAUCUUAUUCCAAUUACGGAAAUGAAUACGAUGCUUCGCCUUUACUUUGGCAAGUAUGCAUUAAUGUCAUGGAGUUGAUAUUUUUAACCAUUGGAAUAUUUGGAAAUACGUUGUUGAUCAUCAUCAUUAGCGCAAACAAGACCAUGCGAAGCGCCCCCAACUAUUUGCUAGUUUGCUUAGCAGUUGGCGAUAUGUUGCUGCUAACAUUAGGUGUUCCUGUUUUUGUGCUGAUGAGACACGCCAAAUAUGUGGAAUUUAUUCACAACUCUACUUUUGGCUGUAAGUUUAUACACGGCUGCCUUGUGGUUGCAGAAAGCGUCUCCAUCGGAACUUUUACCGCCCUCAGUGUUGAUCGGUAUAUGGUUAUUCGCUACAGGAUUUCGAGUUCCUCGAACACGCAAAGCUACCGUAAAUAUAUUUGUAUCUGCAUUUUUAUCUGGAUUGUCGCUUUGUUGAUUGGCACACCCAUAUUCCAUCAAGCGUAUGUCGAAUCAUGGGCAUUUUACAAUAUGACUACUUGUUAUCCGUAUGAAAUGUAUUCAACGUUUGCAAAAGCAUAUCAGGUUAUGCUUGCAAUUUUUCUAUAUAUAAUACCUCUAAUGCUAAUCUUAAUUUGCUAUUCGAAAAUGGCGUUUAUUUUGAUGACGAGCAUACGGACAAACAAUGUCAUAAGCCAAGGCUCCGCCCCAGAUGCCAUGAUGAGAAGGCGUUAUUUGGCGCGAAGUGUAUUAGUCAUGAUACUAGUUUUUGCCGUCUGUUGGCUUCCGUGGCACGCUGCAGAAAUCGUGAGGCAGUUUUUUGCGUAUAACAGUUUUGAAGUACAAAGCCACAUAUGGGUUAUUAUAAAAGAUAUUAAGUACUUGUUGAUCAUUUUCAGUGCAAGUGCUAAUCCUUUGGUCCUUUUCACUGUCAGUAAACAGUUCCAGAAGUAUCUUAGGAGAUAUUUCUGCUGUAAAAAAUCAUUAACUUUCCACAGUAAACGAUCAAAAUACACCAGCGGAAAAUCAUCUGACAAUAAUUAUACAUUGGUGCCAGCGAACAGAAAGAUACACGAAAAAGAACCAAUUCGAAGUUCUACUACAAGCACUACAGUGUUGUGACAUGGCAUGUGCUGUUGGUAAUAGAAGGAUCCAGCUGUUAUGCAGACUUAUCAGUGGAUAAAACUAAAGUGCCAAAGUUUGUGGACCUGGAGCAAGAAAAGUAAACACCAGAAAAGGACCUUAUCACAAAUCACCUUCUUUUGAAUCUCAAUUGAAACUAUAACAUUGAGAUGAAUUCGAAUCUGAGUUAAUGGCUGUACGACAAGUUAGUGUGUAUACGAUCAAAUUAUGAAAAAUUAUUUUCAUGGUGUAUAAUGUAAAAUGUUCAUGUGACACAUACACAGUUGACCUGGCGACAUAAGGAAUUUAAUGACCGGGCGGGAGAGUACAUGAUUCGUCUUAUUUUUGCUUAAAGUCAUCAAACCAAAGUAGCUGUAGCAGAACCCCCAAAAGUCCCGAGUAAACACCUAAAAAGUAGGCCUACCACUGUGGCACUUGUAUAGAAACGUACUUAAAACAAAAGAAGUUUGUAAGACAAUAGUCCAGUAGAAUAGACCAUCUGAAUUUGUCAACGCAAUGCUGAAAUGGAUGUUACGUAAUCGAUAGGGAAACAAGGUUAAAAAUCACACUAAUUCUCAAUUAAGCAACCACGUAGUGAAUAAUUUGAUCUGUUGUUAUUGAUAUCUUGUAUUUGCAGUGCAUCGAGAACUCGUUGUUCCAUGCACGUGCAUGAAAAAAUCAUAUAAAUUCCCAAAGAAGCCCCCAAGUACAUAAUAGGCAUCAGGAGGUCCCGAGUUCAAAUCCAGGUUGUGUGACAACUUUUUCUUUUUUUUUCUCGCUUGCAGAUUCAUUCUUUUUACUGAUAUAAUCCGAAAACAGUUUUAACGUUAUUCUCUGCACAAUGAUUACAGGUAUUUGGCAAAUGACAAAAAAAAGGGGGCAAGCCGGAUUAUGACCAAAUAAUUAUUACUAUCAAUGAAAAGUAACAGAUGGUAAUGCGACCACGAUUAAAGACAAAAACAGCCUCCAUCGGGACUGCUUGAACCCAGGUCAUUACACUGGUGAAUAUGUCAAGCAUUUGUGUUUUAGUGGCAUGACAUUUAAAAUGUAAGCUAGUGUAAAUGUAGCUUGGUGGUUAAGAUACCUGCCUUCCAAUCCCAGACUCCUGGGUUCAAAUCACGCGACAGCACAGGAUAUUUUCUUACGACUAAAUAAACAUCUCCACUUUCUAAGCCCCGAAAUGGGACUUAUUUUAUAAUGCAUCUUAUUAUUAUUAUUAGGCCUAUUAUUAUUAUUAUUAUUAUUAUUAUUAUUAUUAUUAUUAUUAUUAUUAUUUCCAUUUCGUUUAUUUAAGAGGGUCCCUGAAUAUCAACUAAGCUGAAAGGAUCACCCUCUAUAAAUAUAAUGUAAAAAGAAAUAAGCUCGAGUUUGAGUAAAUACCGUAUGAACGUUUGUAUGUAUAUAAUGUAUUAAAGAGUAAGACCUUUCUAUAUUCCGUGUAAAGUAUCUGUAAAAAAAAUUAGUUAUAUAUUAAAAAAAAAAAAGCAUGAUAGUAUACCAGAAAUUUUUAUAAAUUGUUUAUUCGUGUUGUACACUUUCAGAAAUAGGGGACGUAUACUUUUACACUUAUAGCCUACUGAGCUUAUAAUUGCGAGUGCCUCUGAAAAUGACAAUAGGCUUUAAGCUCUAAAAAGAAAACUUUGCUCCAUAUCAUCAGAUCAGAACGGCAAGCCCAUGUGCCCAACAUAAUUAUAAAUUGGCUCACAAAGUAUGACUUGGAUUUGCUGUUGUUUUUCUAGUGACAUUUCGCAAUUGAUCAACUGGCGCACCUUAAUUUGGAUGAAUAAUUAAUGUAAAGAUUUUAGAGAGAGGUGUAUGUCUAAAAUGUCUGAUUUCAUCUAUUUGGUUCUUAAUGAGCUUUUCAGUGUUGUAAUUAAUUAAGUUACAGAUAUUAUGGCAGAGAGGUAUGUGCUGAGACCCAUCAAUUAGUAGGAAGAGUAUUUAAAAUGAGUGAUAAUAAUGAUGGACUUAGUCUAUUCAAACAAUAAUUGUGAUUUACUGAUUAAAACUGUUUAUGAACAGAUUUUGAGACAGUACACUUUAAAAUGAGAGUGAACAAGACAAUUAGGGGUAUAAUUUUAUUUAGGCCGUAAGCACUACCAAAAGACCAUACGAAAUAUAUGAAGAAAUGUAAUAUUAUAAACAUUGAUAUUAUAAACAUUGGCAUUAUAAACGUUGACAGUAAAUAAACUUAAAUAUUAAAA